AUGGCUUCUGCAAUGGAUGUGGAUGAAGAAGCAGUUGAAAUGGCUUCCUCAAGCAGUGGAAAAGGCGAUAAGAAAAGAUUCGAAGUCAAAAAGUGGAAUGCCGUAGCUUUAUGGGCUUGGGACAUUGUUGUGGACAACUGUGCCAUCUGUCGCAACCAUAUUAUGGAUUUGUGUAUAGAAUGCCAGGCCAACCAAGCUUCGGCUACAAGUGAAGAGUGCACAGUGGCCUGGGGAGUUUGUAAUCAUGCGUUCCAUUUCCACUGCAUCUCACGUUGGCUCAAAACUCGACAAGUCUGUCCAUUGGAUAACCGAAAGUGGGAAUUCCAAAAGUAUGGACAUUAAUGACAAACCUAUCUCAGCAUCACAUGAAGCCAACAGUAAAAGUAAUAUUUAUGGGUUCAUGAUGUCAUCUUUCGUUAAUUUCUAAAUAAAUGUAACUCAAUUAACUAGUUUCGUUCUUAAUUUUGCACUAUUUGUGAAUGUAACUUUUAAUGUAAAAAAAAUUGUAAUACAAUAUUAAAAAUUCACAGAAAUAGUAUAAUA